CUACAUCCCGCGACGGCGGAGUAGGGGGCAAGGACGUGUGGAAAAAUGCAGUGGGAUUAUGUUUCGUUGGAGCAUUUUACAAGCAGUAAAUAAAACGGCCCAGAGAAAUGCGUAGGCUGCUCGGCCCAUGCACGGUGGGGUGUAUCCCAGGCCCACUGCCGUCUCGGGAAAGGGAGGGGAGGGGAGAGGAGGGGGCGAGGGAGGGGUCAAUUGCCCAGAUAUAUAGGCAGGUGGCGCCUGCCACUAUUCGGUGGGAGGGUAGAGCGAGGUGCGAUUCUUCACAUAUCGUAGACAUCAGGGAGAGUGCUACGUCCAGUCGCCCGCACCAACCACCUCGCCUGGGUGCCCUGUGUGGCCAGCAAUCGAAGUACUGCAUAUGGGCAGUAGUGACAUUAUUUCUCUCCUCCCCUUCUCUUUUGCCACAAUGGCAAGCACUCACUAUUCGUCCUCUGCGCAGUAGUGCCCUCUGUGGGACAGCUGGCCGCUGCACAUGUUGUUCCUUACGCGAGCGACACGUUCCGACAAUUGCCAGCAUUUCUCUCCCGCAUCUCGGGAUGCACAGCACAAACGAUCCCAGUCCAAGCGCCGCUCGUCGGGUGGGGGUGAAGAUGUGAGCCAUCAGCGGACUAUGCAGAAUGCAAGCAGCGACUGCAUACAUUACUGGGACGCCGGGAGGACAUGCCUGCU